AAAUUUGAAGACAUAAAUAGGAGGAAACGGUGUGAAAGUCUUUUCGUCAGUGAGAGACCCGGCCCAAACUGCACCACCUACUUCCAUAAAUCCCCACUACUGGUUCUGGUUCUGAUUCUGGUUGAUUCACAAGAAAAGUAAGGAAAAGAAACUGAAAUUCUUGAAUCGCCUCAUUGCGGGGAAUUUGUGGAGUAUGCUCUGCGUUUCAUCCACAACUUUGAGUUCACUGUGGUUAUAGGAUGAAUAGGCUGGAUGGUUCUGCACGUCUUAUGAUAGUUUCAGAUCUUGACUAUACAAUGGUAGAUCAUGAUGAUCCUGAGAACCUUGCUCUUCUUAGGUUUAAUUCCCUAUGGGAAGCCUAUUACCGUCAUGAUUCUCUUCUAGUUUUCUCCACUGGAAGGUCACCUACAAUCUACAAACAGUUGAGGAAAGAGAAGCCCUUGUUGACCCCUGAUAUAAUUGUGAUGUCUGUGGGAACUGAGAUUACAUAUGGUGAACUAAUGGUACCAGAUGAAGGUUGGAAACAAUUUUUGAAUCAGAAAUGGGAUAGAAACAUAGUCACUGAAGAAACAGCUAAGUUUCCUGAACUUACUUUCCAGUCAGAAACAGAGCAACGACCUCACAAAGUUAGUUUCUUUGUGGGGAAAGAAAAGGCUUUGAAAAUAAUUAAGGCUCUCUCAGAAAGUUUGGUAAAACGUGGGUUAGAAGUAAAAAUUAUCUAUAGUGGUGGGAUAGCUUUGGACAUAUUACCUCGUGGUGCUGGAAAAGGAUGUGCUCUUGCUUAUUUGUUGAAAAAAUUUGAAGUUGAUGGAAGACUACCUGCUAAUACCAUUGUUUGUGGUGACUCUGGAAAUGAUGCUGAACUGUUCGGUGUUCCUGAAGUCUAUGGUGUGAUGGUCAGUAAUGCACAGGAAGAGUUGUUGCAGUGGCAUGCAGAUAAUGCAAAGGAUAAUCCUAAUAUAAUACAUGCAACUGAGAGAUGCGCAGCUGGGAUCAUACAAGCCAUUGGUAAUUUCGGUCUGGGCCCAAAUUUAUCUCCUAGAGAUGUAGACCUCUCGGAGUGCAAAAUGAAUUCUUCCAGCCCGGGUUAUGAGAUGGUGAAGUUUUACUUGUUUUGUGAGAGAUGGCUGCGUGCAGAAGUUGAGAAGUCUGAUCAGUACAUGCAGAGGUUAAGAUCAGUCUUUUAUCCAUUGGGCAUCUUUGUCCAUCCUUCUGGAGUUGAGCAACCUCUCCACCGGUUCAUAGAUGCAAUGGAAAGGUCUUAUGGAGACAAGCAGGGGAAACAAUAUUUUGUUUGGGUGGAUCGAGUUUCUUCAGCGCAGAUUAGUCCAGAUAUAUGGCUGGUGAAGUUUGAUAAGUGGGAGCAAUCUGGUGAGGAGCAGCGAUGCUGUCUGACCACCGUUCUACUAAGUUUAAAGCAGGGUGAGGUGCAGAAUGGCUUCACAUGGAUGCACGUGCAUCAGACAUGGUCGGAUGGAUUAGUAACAAAUGACCAAACAAAUUUUGACUAGCUCAAUUGCAGGUAUUGAACAUGUUAUGUACCGGUAGGAAUUGCAGAACGCGCAGCAUAGAAUUCUCGUGUUGAUGUUGUUGUCCGGAACUUGGAGUGGAAGCAAUGGCGUCCACGACAAAGAAUGGAGCUUGUGGAUCAUGUGAAAGGAGUUCAAUUGCGCUAUGUGUGAAGGCUUUUCGGCUUUACAGGGUGAUUAUAGAGAGUGUGAUUCGUUGAGGAUCAACUGUUAGAGCUUUCCAAGUUGGUAGUUUUUGGUCUGUAAUGCCACCUAUUACUGAUUUCAUGUUCCAAAAUUACUAAGUUUUAUGUUAAAUAAACUUUUUGUAUUGAUAUAUA